GGCGACGUAGGACCGCCUGGAAUCGCUGGCAUUCCAGGACUACAAGGAGAACCAGGUGAUCCUGGAUUUUGUCCAGUCGAAAUAGUAAGUAUAUAUUGACUGAUGGCAAGUGGUUACUAACUCGAGAGAGAACAGUUUCAUCGGCUAUCCAGUAUGAAAAGAGUUUAGGUUCUUUCUGUAGUAAUACUGCAUGAUCUAAAAGUGUUGGCCUGUACUGGAACUCUAGAGAGAACAGGUUAGAGCUAUCCAGUACAAAGUUAGUUUAAGUUUAAGGUUUCCUUCUGUAGUAACACUGGAUCAAUAAGAGGUGAUCCUUAUUGCUUUAUUGGAUCUCUAGGAAGAACAGUUUAGAACUUACGGAGCUAUAAUCCAGUCUAAGUAAUAUCAGUUAACUAUAUGCUAACCAUAAUUCACUAAUUUAUCUUCGUCUUCCCCUAGUGCGAUGCAAUACAAGAAGCAAGACUUUUAGAAUCUCGUGUACAAGCUUUAGAAAAUCUUUUCAAACAGCACGUUCUUCAUUCUGAUGUGAAACCAACAGAAAGUCCACUGAUGGCAUUACACAUCACCUCCGAUAUCUUACUGACCAAGGGGAAUUUCUCGAAUGGUAAAGUUGGAAUACCUAGCAAUGUUAAAGUGAAUAUUGCUUUGAAGAAUGCAGCUCCACUGAUAGCAACCAGUCAACAUGGAGGAAAAUUUUUGAUCAAUUCGACCGUGCGGUUAUUGGAUCGUAGUAAAGUGGCGGAGAUGCAGAAGAGUGCUAUAGCGAGGAUACCAGUGCUUGACGGAGUCUCAAUGACAGAACAACAGGUUAGCUCAUGAUUUGAGCAUCUUCUUCGUCUUUUUUAGUGUUCUUCUAAACCCCAACUCUUACAAUAACGCUAUAUACCUGUGGCAAAGCUAACCAUGGCAACUGACCAUGCUAUGCUAAUAAACCUGCAUCCACAUAGGUUAAAGACGAUACAUUUCUAAAGGUUUAAAUAAUCCAAAUUUGCAUGAUAUGACCUGUUGCUAAUAAUACAGACAAUAGCUGUAACCAUGCACAGCGUCGCUCUCUUCUUUUGUUAUUGAAAUCUACCCCAGUGUAUAAACCUGUAUACCUUUUCAUUCUGUUGUCGACGUAUAGUUUCAGACACCACGAUCAGGUCUUCAACAAGAAGUGCCAAGCAUAAAAAAGAGCCGGUAAGAAUUGUAGCUCAAUUUAUAUCUUCCAAAUAUUGUUCUUCCACUGGUUCGUCCAAGAGGACCAGUAAAGAGUAAUCCUUUAUUGCUCCAGUGUUAGUACAACUACAGGAGGAACCGUAGACUAACGUUAUUUAUACUGGAGAACUCUAUCACUUCUUAACUGACACAUAGAAAGUAGAAACGAUUCUUCAUAAACGUUUAAUUUGUAGUUAAUUUUUCACAAGUUACGCACAAAAGUUUCCUUUUUUGUAGAAUCCCUGUAUUAACGAAUCCACAACGCCUUCAUGAAUGA